AUGCCAAGAAUGAUGGCAUUGUAACCACAAGUAAAAUCAAUGUAUCAGGCCAAGACUAUGAUAAUGUAGCCUUAUUCAUACUUCAAUUUUGCUACUGUUGAGAGCUCAUCAUAAAAUCAAGCUCCAAUUCUUGGAACUACAAGCUUAGGAAGCAAUAAAAAGAUCACUGCAAAAACACUCUGUGAUAUUACAGGCACUCGUUACUAUCCCCACAAUGAGGAAAUUGGGUUUGGUCCAGAUCGUAUCGUCAGAGUUUAUGACGAAAAUGAUGUACUUAUUGGAGAUAUGACUUUCCAAGAAGCUUAGGACGCAGCAGCUGGAGGCAAGAAGGACUUGGUACUUAGAAACUCUAAAAUAGACCCACCUGUUACAAAGAUCAUGCUUUAUAAACUUGAACUACUCAAGAGAUUAUUCAAGAAACUAGGCAGACAGGGAGAAGAAAAGGAUUCUAAGUCCAAGACAUUCAGGUUAACUACAACUAUCUCAUUGCAUGAUUUAGAUAAUAAGAAAAAGAAGGCUAUCGAGUACUUGAAAACUUACUCUGGACUUAAGUUCUACAUGAAAGUUAAUAUUUAUGAUGAAGAAAAUGUUUAAAAAGGUAGAUUAAUGCUUAUGAAUAUUGCUGAAGAUUUAAAGGAAUAUGGAAAGGUCAAAGUCUCACCAAUGGUAGGUGCAUCAAAGCAAGUAGAUUCUAAGUACGAGUAAAAUAUUAAGGCAAGCGGUGGAAAGAAACCUUCAAAAAUUGAAGAUAUUAAAAAAGGAGCUGACAAGUAAAGAGCAUCUAAGGAUGAUAUAGUUUCACUAGAAGAUGGAGAAGAUGAUGAUGAAGAUAUUGAAGGCAGAUCUUAAUAUGUAUACAUGGAACUUUAAUCAACUGUGGCAUUCAAAGAGAUAGAUAUUGAUAAGAUGCUUGAGCAUACUUCUUUAGAUGAUUUCCUGAGAGGUCUUUACGUUAAUUCACUUGGUCAAACACCCACUGGUGAAAAGAAAUUGACUCAUCAUGAGAAAAUGAUGGGAAUGAUCGCUUCAUAGGGAUAGGAUCAGGGAUCAGCAUAAGAUGCCCCUACUCUUGCAUUUGAAGAAUAGGAUGAUAGUGAUAAUAGAUUUUCAAAUGAAAAUCUCAGAAAGCAAGCAAUGGAAAAUCUUAAGGAACUUAAGAGAAGAUAGAAAUACAGUUAGAUAUUUAACUAGGGAGAUCAAGCUAAGCAAGCUGAUAUAGAAGAGGAAGUUCAAGAAAUUGAAACAGAUAUUACAAAACAAAAGAGAAUAGAUUUGACAAAGACUCAGAUUUAAUAGAAUGAAAGUGAAUAGGAUAAAGAGUUUGAUGAAUUCGAUUUGAUUGAGUAGAAUGUAGACCCUAAAGAUAUCAAGACAAUAUUGAGAAUCUCAUAACUAGAAAAUGAAAUUGAACUUGAAAAGAUUAAGAUAAAGAUCAAGCACAUUUUCAAAUUUUCAAUGCAGGCUCAUGAUCCAAUGAAAAUAUGUGAAUGA